GGCUGCUGCUGCUGCAGUGUGAGCUGCUCGUGGCAGUACUACCAUGCAGUGGUAGCUAGCUAGUAGCUAGAGUGAGGAGGUGUGCGAGUGCGGGAGCGGCAAUGUCGCCGCCGCCGGCGGCGGCGAGGGCGCCGCCGGUGCUGAGGAACGAGCUGUCGAGGAGGACGGCGGUGCUGGGGCUGCGGCUGUGGGUGCUCGUCGGCAUCGCGGUGGGGGCCGCGUUCCUGCUGCUCCUCGCAGUCAUCUCGUUCCACCUCGCGCAGGCCCGGCGGCGGAAGCCGGCCGCGAAGCGGGCGUCCUCCGCCGCGGCGGCGGCGGCGGCGCCGGGGGGCGCGGCGGUGCCGCUGUCGCCGGCCACCAUCCCGCCCGUGUCGAAGGAGAUCCAGGAGGUGGCCGUCCACGUCGGCUCCCUCCGCCACUACCUCGAGGCCGGCGCCACGUUCCUCAAGGAAGGCGGCGGCGUCGGCGGCGCGGUGGUCGACGGUGACUCGCUGGGUGGCUCCACCGUGUACGGGUCGCAGCGCGUGCACAUCGAGGCCGGCAAGGGCCGCCGCAUGGUGGCGUACGCCGACGGUGAGGUGGGCCCGGUGGCGUCCGACCUGGCGGCGUCGGCGCAGGCGGCGGUGGGGGUGGGGGUGGGGCCCGAGGUGUCGCACCUCGGGUGGGGCCACUGGUACACGCUCCGUGAGCUGGAGGAGGCCACCGCCGCCUUCGCACCCGAGCAUGUCGUCGGCGAGGGCGGCUACGGCAUCGUCUACCGCGGCGUCCUCGCCGACGGCUGCGAGGUCGCCGUCAAGAAUCUCCUCAACAACAGGGGUCAGGCGGAGAGGGAGUUCAAGGUGGAGGUGGAGGCAAUCGGCCGCGUCCGCCACAAGAAUCUCGUCAGGUUGCUCGGCUACUGCGCGGAGGGAGCUCACCGGAUACUUGUGUAUGAGUACGUGGACAAUGGCAACUUGGAGCAGUGGCUUCAUGGCGACGUUGGACCGGUUAGCCCUCUGUCUUGGGACAUCAGGAUGAACAUCGUGCUUGGGACAGCGAAAGGGAUCACAUAUUUGCACGAGGGGCUGGAGCCGAAGGUGGUGCACCGGGACAUCAAGUCGAGCAACAUACUGCUGGACAAGAGAUGGAACCCCAAGGUCUCGGACUUUGGCCUCGCCAAGCUCCUCGGUUCAGACAACAACUAUGUUACCACGAGAGUCAUGGGAACAUUUGGUUAUGUAGCACCGGAGUACGCGAGCACCGGGAUGCUGAAUGAGAGAAGCGAUGUGUACAGCUUCGGGAUCCUGAUAAUGGAAAUCAUCUCCGGUCGAAGCCCGGUCGAUUACGCAAGGGCUCCAGGAGAGGUUAACCUAGUAGAGUGGCUCAAGAAUAUGGUGAGCAACCGGGACUAUGAAGCUGUUCUGGACCCAAAAUUGCCAGAGAAGCCUACCUCCAAGGCACUGAAGAAGGCUCUCUUGGUUGCUCUGAGGUGUGUGGAUCCCGACUCGCAGAAGCGGCCAAAGAUGGGGCAUGUCAUCCAUAUGCUCGAAGUCGAUGACUUCCCAUACCGAGAAGAUCGUCGGACUCCGCGGGCGAGCCCACUGGACAGAACAAGAACAUAUGCGAAGCCGGUGACGGAGUCGGGCGACGAGGGCAACACCACCACAGCUGCCAGUACGCCAUCCAGAUUGCACGAGAGCUUGAGAUAGGUCUCACUUGAUCGAUGGCCUCAUCAGGGCUCUAGCUAGCGCUGUAACCUGUUUUUUUUUUGUCCGUGUCGUUUGCUCUGGUUGUGCUAUUCGUGUUGAUCGGUUGGUGCGUAAAUUUUGUGCGAGUGUGGUGGUAGCUGUGGUUGGUUGCAUUUGCCUUCCAUUCAUGCUGUUGAACGCUCUAUGUACUGUGGAUUGACAUAGUUUGCUGCCGGCCGACUGCUGUAUAGGGAAUGCUUGCGAUUCUGGCAGUUUGGAAUUUUGAUUGUUCACA